AUGUAAAUGGACAUUCCUAGUAUGUCAUAAACAAGAUUAAGCUCAAAAAAGUUAAGUUAGAGAUUUCGAAUUGAUAGAUAAGGUCAUCCGAUUUUGAGAGGAUUUAAGUUGCAUUCAGUUACAUUUAUCGAUGAUGUGGUUAUUGGCACAACAGUUCAUAAGACAAUUCUUGUAGACUGUUGGAAACAUCAUAAUUUGAAUGAUUUUAGAAAAAACCCAUCUCAAUGUUGUGAAAUAAGCUGA